CGGCCCCGGGUGAGAGGGGAGGCGCUCGCUGCCCCUCGGGGAGCCGUCAAUGGCAGCCCCGCAGGGGAGGCCGGGCGGGCUGUCCCGGGCGGCCCUGCAGCCCCCGCUCCCCUCAGCGGAGGCCGGGGCGGCUGGGCUGCCGUGUGCUGGGCCUCCCCGGUGGAGCUCUGCCUCUCGGCCUGUGCCGUUACCCGAGGGACAGGCCCCCAGGGGGGCGAGGCCUCCUUUCCCCGUCGGCUGUGAGCCCCUUGAUGCAGCCCUGUACGGCACCUCGGUCCGCCAAGGGCCAGGCGGGGUGGGACCAGAUGGUCCCUCAUGCCUUGACCAGCCUAAAUUAUCAUCUAUGGCUUUAUCCCAUCGCUGUAACUGUAACGCCUGCGUGAAGGUGAAGUUCCUCUGGAUGUGUUGGGCUGCCGUUGUGAAAACUGAGGAAGGAUGGCAGCUCGGCGUGCGCUGAAAGCUGUCUUGGUGGAUCUCAACGGCACACUUCAUGUUGAAGACUCAGCUGUGCCAGGCGCGCAGGAAGCUCUUAAAAGGCUGCGCCGCGCUCCCGUUACCAUUCGGUUUGUGACCAACACGACGAAGGAGUGCAAGAGGGAGCUGCUGGAGAGGCUGACGAAGCUGGGCUUCGACAUCGCAGAAAACGAGAUCUUCACCUCGCUGACAGCAGCCAGGAACCUCCUGGAGCAAAAGCAGGUGCGGCCCCUCCUCCUGGUGGACGAUAAGGCCCUGCCUGAUUUCACAGGGGUGGCCACUGACAAUCCCAAUGCAGUGGUGGUAGGACUGGCUCCUGAGCACUUUCACUAUGAGAUGAUGAACAGAGCGUUUCGGUUGAUUUUGGAUGGUGCUCCUCUCAUAGCUAUACACAAAGCCAGGUAUUACAAGAAAAAAGAUGGCUUGGCUCUGGGACCUGGACCUUUUGUAACGGGGCUGGAGUACGCGACGGACGCCAAAGCGACGGUGGUGGGGAAGCCGGAGAAGACCUUCUUCCUGGAAGCUCUGCGGGGGACAGACUGUGCCCCAGAGGAGGCCGUCAUGAUCGGUGACGACUGCAGGGACGACGUUGGUGGCGCCCAGAACGCAGGCAUGCGUGGCAUCUUGGUCAGGACUGGUAAAUAUCGACCAGCAGAUGAAGACAAAAUCAAUCCUGCUCCUUACUUAACCUGUGAGAAUUUCCCAGCGGCGGUGGAACAUAUCCUAGAGCAUCUGCUGUGAGGAAGGGAAUAGUUAGUUUGAAGGAACGUCCGUGCCACAUAAUUUCCUUUACUUUGGCUUCAAAAAUUAAGGUUGCAGGAUCAAUGCAUGCAUCAGCAGCCCAGCUGUGAGCUCCUCCCACUCAGCAGAGCUGGGAAGCCCCUUUCCUGUAGUAGAUUCAGGAGGAUGCGAUGAGGGACCGCGGAUGCUCAGCAGGUGAGACAGACGGGAUACAAACUGCUGAAUAAGCUAAAUUGGAAAAAAAAAACCACAACAAAACACUGGAAAUACUCAAAUAUAAACCUCAAAGACUAACAGAGCCGUAGUCAGCCUGUAGUGAUUUCACUGAGCAUGCCUCUGCUCUGCUCUAAUUUAAAGGUAGGGAGAAUGCACAUUGAGAAGUGACUUUUAAAUUAAAAUAUCACCAUUGUUUAAUAAUAACUACUGUUUGAUAUCUUUCCUCUCAUUAGAACAGAUGCUGGGGUUUUUUUGUUUUUCAGAUUUUACAUCAAAUUAAAACUGUCAGCACUUUACAGAUGUUUUAAUUAGAUGCUGUUAUUAAAAAGAAUGGUACAGAAACAAAAAAAUCUGGUAUUAAAUGCCUCAGAGACUGUGAAUUUUUGAAAUUAGACUUCAGCGGGGUCCUAUUAAUGCUACAGUUGCAAAAUUUUACUAUUGUUGGUGGGUUUUUUUUGUUUCUUUUUAAUGUUAUGGGAAAAAAAUCCUUCACGAGCCAUGGGGACAGAUUCCAGUUUUUCCACAGUUGGUUAGUAGAGCCGUAAAAUGAAAUUUAAUUCUGUAGUAGGCAGAGCUUUUCCUACGCGCUAAAUCCCCCAACACGAACCAACUUCGUAAUGACAGUAAAUAGCUUUUCUGGUCCAUUUGCAAACUGUAAUAAUCAAAGUCCUUUACAGUUUGUUUUACAGUGCUCCUGAGUGUUAAAUUAUUAGAUUGUAAUUAUACAUUGCUGGAGUAUUAACCUUAUUGAAAAUAUAGUUUUGUGUUAAUGAGC